CUUCGACCGUAGCCAAGCACUAAAAUGCUACCGAGGCCGUUAUAUCAAGAAGGUACAUAAUAUUCAUCUAGGAAAACACACAUAUAGAUGUCAAACAUCUGCAGUAUUCAGGAUAGUAGAUGGUCAUGAUGAUGAUGAUGUUGGGCAUAAAUGACUGAGCGUGGGAAAGCCAGAAAACCGAGAAAACCUUAUUCGGUGGUGGCUGACAAAGAUAAUAGAACUUGUAAUAGAGAAAAUUGGCAUAAACCAUAACAUUCUACUUUCAAAAGCUGUCCGCAACUGUCACCAUGCAACUAUUGAACAACUGUUUUUAUAAAAAUCUGCGUAGUUUUGAUAACAAAUUCGGCAAAGUGUAUCAGGGAUGAUACCCAAUCAAAAUUGCGAAAUAUUCGCUAGUAUUCUGUUCUUUCUGCUAGCAAAAAUCUGUUGUUACUUCCACAUCAAGACCACAACAUUCAUGAGUAAACACCACUCCCGACUCACGAGCAUACCGGAGAGAAAUGAAAUAGAAGAAGAGGCACAGAAGAAAUGGGUUCCCAAGAAAAAACACGAGGUUCUAAAAGCGAAGUACAAAUGCCUAAAGAAGCUAUUUCAAAUAUAUGAUGCAAGCUUACUAGGCUAUCUACCGGAGACAGAACAAAGUGAUCAUGUUGACGAUGAAGAAAGUAACCAUAGAAGGAAAAAACGAUCGUACAGAACCAACACUGAUGCACAUGUUGGAACCUCAGAAGAAAUCAAUGUAGACAAUAUAGAACCAGCAGAACUCUCUGAUCAAUCAACCGUUUUAACUGGGAAGAAUCACGUGAACUGUGGAAGCUCAAUAGACAGAUCUAGUGACAAUUCCUAUCGAUACCAAAUGACACAAGUAUCCAACUUGAACCUUCAAGGCUGCAAUUGUGCUUCUAACCACCAAGAUAUGCCUAAAGCCCCAUUCAAAACUGGAACGAAACGACCCACCAGGUUCCAAAGUUUUAUGCAGAGAGCUUUUGGGUUGAGAGUGGAGAAAAUCUGCCCCCACAAUUGCAGCAGCAAUAUUUACGCAAUAUCCGAUAAUAUUAUCAACUACAGAAGCAAUAGUAAGCGAAGAAGGAAAGGUUUCAGGUUUAGGAGAAUAAAAUGUCCGAAGAGAGUGCAAUCUGAAAGCGCUAUCCAUGAUUUCAAGAGUCCAGCUAUCUUGAACUACAUGCAAUCGGUGCAGAGGAAUUGUUUGCUGGAUACUACGCCCAGGAAAUGCCCGAUCACUGGGUGUAAUGUCAUGCUAUAUGGAAUAAUAAACUACAAUGACCACCUCAACCUAUGUCACUUCACUGAACGGAAGUAUACCUGCCUCUACUGUCAUGAGGGCUUCGAGCGGGAAUCUGAUAAAUUAUCCCAUGAGAAUGAGCAUAUAGGCUUUAACAAACUGAACCUUCACUCGAGCGGCAAAUCAACCCCCACAUCCAACAAAACCGAAACAAAAGCUAUCGACUCACAAACGGAGACUGAUAAAAGCGUACUCGAUGAAAAGGUUAAGAAAGCUGUUUCUUUUAUGGAGCAUGACGUUUCAAAUUCAAAUGCAUCAAGAAAUAAACUGGAGUCGGUUGCCAAGAAGUCCAGUUCCUACUUUUCCAUGUUAAGAAGGAAGAGCUCCUUUAAUUCUAUCAUCGGUUACAAGGGAAGUAAAGACAGCGCAACCCAGGACAUAGGACGAGCCUCUAGUUGCACCAGUACAUUCAUCAACAAAAACUUCCCGUCUAUCAGUCAGUCUGAAGCGUCCAGGCUCAUAGAUUGCACAACUGACCCUAAAACAUCUACUUUAACUGACAGGAUAACGGACUCCUGCAAGUCAACUAGUCUUCACAAGUGCCAGAUUUGUGGCCUAGAGUUCCAACACCGUAGGCAGUUGGGGUCUCACGUGAAUUCACAGCACCGAAAUCUUAUAAAGACGAAGAAGAACAAUUUGGUUAGUGAGACAGGAAAAAUCCUGAUCGAAAGCGUCGAUGAUAGACCUAAAUCGCCAGCUUUGACCACUUUCAUAACCGAAACAGAUUUAGCAGCACGGAAGAGUCGAAGGGUCAUCAACGAUGAUGAAGAACCAACGAAUAUGGGUUACACUUCUGCCUCCGAAGCAGAGUGCAAGACUUUGAGUGAUUUGAAGAGAGGGAAAAGCAAGGGGAAGCUGAAAUGGGUUAGAACAGCAUCGAUUUGUGCCUGAACUUAAAUUAUUUCGCUGUUAACGCUACAACUAAUAGCUAUAAUUCCGACAUGAUUUUAUGCUAUAUUUAUUUGUGAGGUGAUCUGAAUUUAACUUAGGUUUAGGAAGAUUGUAAUGGAUUGGACUGUGCAGUGGAACUGUGUUUGUUUAAGAAUUUAUAGUGUUUUUGGUUAUUCGUCGUUUUGGAAUGUUUAUUUAAUACACGUUUAAAUAUUUAUUCGUGUUUA